CGUCUCUCUGCCUGCUCUCUUUCUCUCUCUUCAAUCUCUCUCUCUCUCUCUCUCUCUCUAGGAUCCAUGGAUCCACCGCUCGCUCCUCCCUACAUCCCGCCCCCUUCGCCCCCGCCGCCGCCCCCGCCCCCGCCGCCGCCCCUCCCCCGCCGCCGCCGUCCGCCGCCGUGGAGCCCCCUCCGGCCCCCGCCCCCGCCCCUGCCCCGCCGAAGCUCAGAACCACUCCACCCAUGCCGCCGCGCACCCGACUCCGGCCGCCGCCCCCGCCGCCCCCGCCGCCGCUGCUCCUGCUCCCGGCCACCCUCCUUACCCCGAGAUGAUAUACGCGGCAAUCGGGGCUCUGAAGGAGAGGGACGGGUCGAGCAAGAGGGCCAUAGCCAAGUUCAUCGAGAAGACCUACGCCGACCUGCCGACCAACCACCCCUCCCUGCUGACCCUCCACCUCAAGCGCCUCAAGAGCAGCGGCCACCUCUUCAUGGUCAAGAAGUCCUACAAGCUCCCGGAUCUGGCGACGCCGCCGCCGCCCCGCCCCCACCGGCCGCCCCCGAGGGCUCGGACGCGAAGCGGCGCCGCGGACGCCCGCCCAAGGCCAAGCUGGAGGGGCUCGCCGCGCCGGUGGCGGCUGCUGCUGCGGGGGCCGCCGCCGCCGAGCUCGUGCCAGCGAGCCAGGGCCCGGAUGGCGGCCCCGCGCCCAUCACUGUGCCCGUGCCUGGGGAUGUCCCGGCCAAGAGGGGCCGGGGGCGUCCGCCGAAGAGCGGGGGCCUGGCAAAGAGCCGGGUGGGCCGCCCUCUGAAGCCGAGUAUGGUGGCUGUGCUGGCCAAUGGCAUGCAGAAUGGGCCGAAGCCCAGGGGACGGCCUAGAAAGAAUAUCGGUGGUGUUGCUGAUGUGGCCUCCACCGGCGAAGCGGUAGCGGUGUUCGGGAAGAGACGGGGGCGGCCGCCGGGUAGUGGGAGGGGAAAGAGGCCGGGGGUGGCACCACAACCAAGGAAGAGCACAGGAAGACCCAUGGGCAGACCCAGGAAGAAUGCGGCAUUUGGAGCUUCUUUGGCAGCAGGGUCCAAUGAUGAUUUUCGGCGGACAUUGGAAUAUAUUCAAUCGAAGAUCAAGGAAGCAGUUAGUGUACUGAGGCCUCACUUGACUAGUUCAAUUAGUGCUGUUGAUGCAAUUCAAGAGUUGGAAGCCAUAACAACAAUGGACUUCGCUGCAGUGCCGGUCGUAGCAUCAAGUUCUGUUGCACCUAGCUGAGGGACAAGUUGCGUGGCUGUAGAUCUUGGACUCUGUUGUGAGAAUCGAAUAGAUGGGAGAGGAUCAGUUUAGCUGUACAAUUUGUUCUAACAGAGACUUUCACAAGAGAAAAGGGUCUGUAAAGCUGAGUGUAGAAGUGUGGCAAGUUCCUAGUAUUGGUUAGUGUUAAUUCAGUAGGGAGGAUUUUUACCCGAACAUGGUAGUUCUUUUUCCUUUGUGCAGCAAUCAGGUGAUAAAUCAAUGUUCCUCAUUCGAGUUGAUCCGUAUUGCGUUGUUGCAAUUGCAAAUUAGGGCAACAUUUCGCCUCUUUCCUGAAAUAAUAUUGAAUAUUUUAUCAGCAGCUGUUGCUUUGCUU